GUUUUCUGAUAUUAUCUAACAGACGAAGAGCACAUGAUCGCUUAUGUAUAAAUACAGACGUCCAAGACGGUAUGUUCACACUUCAAACUGCUCUGAAGAUCCACUCAAACAAGCGGAAGGAAAGCGACGAGACUCUCUGUGAAGAAGAUGAAGCUCUGCAUCGUGAUCACGGUCUGGACCCUGAUUGUUCUCGCUGACGGUAAGAGUUCAGCUGCUCAGUGGGGAGGUUUCUAGUGAACUGCAGAUCUUGGCCGAGGCUGAAACGUGUUAGUGAAUCCUCUGCCAGAAGUUAAGAUAAGGGAGGACUGAUCGUGUGUUGCAAGACUGAGAAAUAGAAAAGAUGCAUGGCAGUUAUAAUCCCAUGAUUGUCAUUAUGGAGACGUCCUAUCCAGAUUAGAAAUGUGGAUAUCACUGCAUCUGUGUUUUAACCUUGAAAAACCCUGGAAUGAUAACCAAAUUUUAGAGACUUUGUUUGUAGAAAUGGACAGACUUGGAGGCAUGUAGCGGUGAGUUUAGAGGUGAUGGUGGACUUAGAGGUCUGAUCCCACAUUUGUCCAAUUUUUAAUUAUUAAAAAGGGUUGAUCAAUACACAACAAAAAAAAAAACUCUCUCUCCUUCAGGUAAGACAUUUUGCAGAGGUAGUCACUUAAUCCAUAAAGACGUAUGACUGUUUCUAGUUUCUAGUUGCACCUUAUAGGAAUAUAAGUCAGUACAACAGUUUGUACUAAUACUAAUUUAAACAUAUUUCUACAUCCUGGCAUUUAUUGAUAUAACAUAUUGAACCAUGAAAAAAAAAUAAUCGCUCUCUUAAAGAUUCUGUAUCAAUCGUUCAAAAACUGAGUUAGUGAUUAUUCACUGGCCAGUAAUUUUGACCUUUUUUCUCAACUUAAAGCUCCUGUGAGGAGUUUUUAAAGGUGGGGUAGUCAGGAUCUGAGGAAGCGCCAGUUUUUGGGAGAAAUCUCGAAUGUAAACAUUACCCCAUCAAACCAGUUUUCCCCUCAGCUCCUCCUCUCCCCGCCCACAAACAGAUGCUCCUGCUCGCUCGUAUCGUUCCAAUUAAAUUCAGAUAUAAUGUUAAAGAAAAAAACAUUGGUGCUACUGUAGAUGCCAACAGACUACCAGCAAACACAGUGUUUGCAGGACUUCUACAACUAGGAUAAAGUGACAUAGUCCAGGACCCGAGGUCAACAGUUUAGCAAUGCUACAACACACUACAGCAGGAAACACUUCUAUUACAGACACUUGUCUUACUUUGUUAAAGCGGUUUACCUGUCCAGCAGAAAGGCUACAGGGUCCGUCCCUCAUCUUUGUUGAUCCGGCUUUUUUAGCUCUUGUCCGGUCUACCAUAGUUUUAAGCGCCCGUUAUUCUGCCAGAGUCUCCAGUAUUUACUUUGUUUUCUUGCUUGUGUCGGCAGUCGUGGCUAAAGGAGGAUUCAGACAAUUUUCCGAACUUUCCGGUUGGUUUCUACUGUCUGAUAUUGUAGCACGCUAACUUUGCCUCACAACCAAUCAGGUUGGGGGAGGUGGAGAACGGCUUUGUUUACAGUCAGAAUGAGCUGAGCGCUCAAAAAAUUUAAAAUGUUGACUACACAGACAUAACAAAACACAGCGAUAUCAUUAUAUUACCAAAUGUCAUCAAUAACUAAUAGCUAUUGACUGAUAUAAAAAGCUUUUUUGUAGACACACCACAAACAUGAUGCUUCUUUAACAGAAUCCUGCCUACCCCACCUUUAAUCAGUUAAAAACUAAUUUAAAAAAACAGGCUAAAAUUGGUCCUGCAGCUUCAAUAUGACCCUCAAGAACAAAAAGAGACCAUCAGCAACUUUUUAGCGUUAAUGUCAGAUCAGCUGUACUUCCUUAUCGUAGCUUUAAGUCUUGUUAGAUAAUGUCUUUAUUCACCCAAAGUGUGACUUUUGUCUCAUCAAGUACAGAUUACUACAUAACUCUUGUAAUCUCAUAUUUCUCCCCUUUACUCAUCCUGCUGUAGGAAUCUCUUUCUCCGUAAGAGUAUGAGUCGAGGGAAGUUGUGCAAAAAUGUGAUCUUAUCCUCGAUGUUUUAGGAUGCGUCAAAAACCUUUUUUUUUUUUUUUAAGGAAGUGAAGACUUAUGCAAAAGAGGAGAAAGUGAACUUCACAAGUGUUGCAAUGUGGGGGGGUGGCGAGGAUGACUCUGCACUCAGAGCACUGGAUGUGCAUUUGUGAAAAACGAUGGGAUCAUCACAUCCAUCGAAGCGUGAAGUUCUGAGCGAAAUCAGAUGAAGGUUCGAGAGUGAAUUGCAAAAGGCAUGGGAGGCUGAACUCUUAAACAAAAACAUUGAAAAACCUUUGCAGGGCCUCACAAAAGCUUUGGCAACAUCAGCAAAACUUACGACAAGAUCACACUGACAUGACAUUAAUCAGCAGUAUUAACAAAUGCUGAGUGGUUAAUGCCAGACUAGAUGUACGGUCUACUUAAACGUCUCCAUGGGAGCACAUGUUUGGCUAUGGAAGCUCCAAGUCAGCCAAAUCAAGCGGGGAAACAUCUGUUGUGGUAAUCGAAGGUUCCUGGGAACGUAUGAUUGUCCAACAAGGUAUUAAGAAAGAAAUGCACAAGUGCGAUGUGAUGCAUACGUCCUGACUGAGUUUCUGUUGAUGACAGGUAUGCCGCCAAUCAGCCGGGACUACAACACCCACUGUCGGUGCCUGCAGGUGGAGUCGAGGAUCAUCCCUCCGGACAGCCUGAGGAGCAUCAAGCUCAUCCCUGAAGGCCCGCACUGCCCCGAGACCGAAGUCAUGUAAGUUAUGUUAAAGUUGAUGUGAAAGUUAUGACCUCCAGUCGGUGCUAAAAUCAGAAGUUUUUUAAGUACCUGCUCAAGGCUAGAAGCAGAAAUCACAAGUCAAAGGAUCUGGGGUUUCAGAGCAACAACGCAUUUACAACCUGGUUUUGGUCUGAAUAGCUCAGGGCUUCCAUGGCACACAUGAUAUGUGGGUGAAUUUUUUAGAAACAAGGUUAAAUUAAAGUUACAAGAUUGGCCAGUUAGAGGCACGGCUGACUUGCGUAACAGGAAGGCACAGUGUAGCCAUUAACAGGAGAGUAAGGUUGAAGGAACCUUUCCAACAGUGUUGUGCCCGAAAUCGUUCAUGAACUCGUUCAUAUUUCGAGCAAACAUGAACAUUUCGUUCUUUAUUUGCAUAUGAUUGUGUUGGUGUUCAACGCACUCAUUCCGGCAUCUGUGAGCGGCGUUCUAAACUCCGUUCACAAGUGUGCCAGAGGGUCAGAGCCCUCCAGGCGAAACCCCAGAUAGAACACACCGUAAACAGGCCUUAAUAUUUAGCGGAAAGCCGUCCAAUCUGGCAACCGCAAUCAGCCUGUCUGUCGCUCCAAUAAAUAUGUCAGUCGUCACAACUUUAGUUUACAUGAUAGAUGAGGGAGGUAGUGCAAGCUGCCCGGAGGCGAUAUAUUUUUUUGUAGGAUGGUAGGGGAAAAUCCCUCCUCCUUCACCUCUGAUUGGCUAGAAAAGCUGGAAACGUCAUCACACGCUCAAGCCAAACACGAGCUGUCGGCUCUGAACAUGGAAAAAAAAACAUUUCAGAACAUUAUCGCACUUCUGAAUCUCCUUACCCUUACCCUAGCCCUAACCCUAACCUAACAGACGAUGACGUUUCACAGCCAUUAGGAAUAACCAAUCGGAGCCCAGCACUUCUAGCCAAUCAGAGGCAAAGGAGGGUGGGACCUUCCCCAACCAUCCAACAAAAAAAAAUUCUCUGCCCGGAGCACACAGACUCGUAUGAGCAUUUAUGGUUAAUUGUUCUUGUUAUUUCCAGUAUUUGUUCUGGUUCCCUUUUACUAUUAUUGAAAUGGAAUUUGAUGUGAAUUAUUUCCAGGUAGGUUUGGAAAAGUGUAGAAAUGAAAGAAAACUGAAGGACUACAGUCCUGUUGUUGUAAUCUUUAACCAUUCAAGCAGCAGGUUUUUCUCAAGUUUAUGAAAAUAUACUGGAGAGAUGAACGUUCCUACUAGUGAGGACUGAACAAAACAUUAGGGAAACACCAGUAUUCUGAGGGCUGUCCUCUCAAUACUGUUGUAAACCUGGUUGGAUGAGGAUACAAAAAUGGACAUGAAGAUUAAUCGGACGUAGUUUCAGUGUUUGAACGACUAAAAUAGUUGCUGUCUGUGGUUCUACAUGGGCUCCAUAUAAAAUCUUGACAAAUAAUCGUACUGGAGUUAAGUAUUGGAGAGAAAAAGAAGGACUAAAUUAGUUCGUUUUUGGGAACCAUGAACUUAAAUUCAAAAUGUGGGAUUAUGAACAAUGAACUGAACUCGUUCGUUCAAAAUGUGCUUUACAUGGACUAUGUGUUUUUAUUGUCUUUAGGGUGGGAUACAACAAUCUUAUAGACAUCUGCUGGCUUGUCAGCGUGUUUUAAGGGAGUGGGUCACGGUUCACAUGCUAGUUCAGGGUUUUGAAAGUUCUGUCCAUGGAUGGGUCUUUGUUUCUCUUUUUGAAUUAGUGCUGGAUUGGUGAGCGGGGAGAAGAUCUGCCUAAAUCCUCAGUCCUCCUGGGUGAAGAAGCUGAUCCAUUUCGUUCUUGAGAAACAGCUGCACCAACACGGAGUCGCAGUACCAAAGAACAGCCCUUGAAUUCAAACUAAUCAAGAGUUUCAACAAUCAAAAGUUCCUCUUUCCUGCAGCCGUGAGCCUUUUCAUUUGAUACCAACGUGACUCAGUUAGCUGAACUUACAAAACCUUUCUUUAUCUCAGCUUGUUUGUAUGAUUUCAGUUCUUCAGGAUUGUGUCUCUACUAAAUGUUUUUACCAACAAGUGUUUUAUACAGAUUUUUAAUGAACCAUGAGUCCUGAUUUUGUAGUUUUUAAGAGCAUAUAGGUGUGAUGUGAUGUGAUGUGAGGUUGUAAAUGUAAAGUUGGAUUUUCAGUCUUCAUACGAGGUAUUUAAGUGUGGUUGUGAGACAGUCGUGUGGUUUGAAAAGUCUUUUACUGUAAGGAAAUCUGGUUGAAUGUUUUUCAGAGCAGACACAAAAUGUAGCAUUAUACCGUCUAAUAUAUAACCUUUAAUGUAAACGUGAUGAUUGCUUUGUUUGGCCUCUUCUGAGGAAAUAAGUGUAAUGUUUUGGUAAAGAAUAAAACAUGUUUAAAGGUAUUUCAGUUUUUAAAACUGUUUAA